AAAUUAGAAAUUUAAAGCAUAAUUUGGAGGAAUGAAAAGAAAUAAGCCAACGAUGAAGCUGCCUAUCUCACUUGAUUUGCCAAAGGAAGAAUUGGAGGAAUUGGUGGAUAAGGCAAAAGAUUGGGCGCUCAUGAACGGAAUGUGCUUGAGAUCGAAAAUUAAUUUCGAUAAAGAUGUCCUACAAUUUGCGCCGUUUGCGCUCUUUCCUUCGCCAUUCCCUCGAGAGGAGUUUUACAACGCCUGUGACAUUCAGACCAUUUUGAAUGUACUCAUACAUAGAGUAGCUCACGAUUACGAUUUUUUAAAGGAUACCUUACGAGAAACUGUAAAGGUAGACGAUUUUACCAGAAAUUUAUUCAAUAUCUAUGAAAUUAUUCACAAGGAAGGAGCUGCACAAAAUAUAUCCCUCGGCAUGCUACGCUCGGAUCUAAUGUUAAACACAAGUUGCCCUAAGAAAGACACUAAAACGCUCAAGUCUCACUGUUGCUGGAAGCAAGUCGAGAUAAACACAAUCGCCUCCGGAUUUGGCUGGUUAGGACCUGCGUCUACGCAGUUACACAAGUUUGUCCUGCAAGAGCUCGGAUACACGACUGAAUUGAAAAAUCUUCCUAAAAAUAAUGCUUUACAAGCAUUGUGUUCAGGCUUGAUAGAAGCAUGGAAUUUGUAUGGCAAUCCACAAGCAGUCAUUUUAUUCGUUAUCGAAGAUGUUACGUAUAAUAUUUGUGAUCAACGUUUUCACGAGUACGAAAUACGCAAGCAAAAUCCGGAUAUAAAGGUAAUUCGGAAAAAUCUGACACAAUUGGCCGCUACUGCGAAACUGGACUCUGAUAUGAAGCUAGUAGUGAGCAAUUAUGUCGUGGCAGUAGUUUACUACAGAUGUGGUUAUGAGCCCGGUCAAUAUCACACUCAAAAAGAAUGGGAUGCGAGGUUGCUGAUCGAGAGAUCAUUGGCGAUUAAGUGUCCGAGCAUUCAAUAUCACUUGGCUGGUACAAAGAAGGUCCAACAAACUCUUGCAAAGCCUGGCAUGGUAGCACGUUUUUUAAAGGACGAGAAUAUGGCGGCGAAAGUCAAAGAAAUAUUCACUGGCCUUUAUCCGUUAGACUUUGACGAAUAUGGGAAUGCCGCCGUAGAGAUGGGCAUUUUGAAUCCUCAGCACUUCGUACUAAAGCCGCAGAGAGAAGGCGGCUGUAAUAACUUGUACGGAACAGAUAUAAAAAAUUUUCUAGAAUCCAUGAAAUCUGAAGAAAAUCGAGUAGCUUGGAUUCUCAUGGAUCGGAUUUAUCCACCGCUGCACGAAAAUUAUAUUGUGAAAUAUGGAAAUACGAAUUUAGAAACGAAAGAAUUGGUCUCGGAGUUAGGGAUAUUCGGCGUUAUCAUUGGAGAUGAUAAGAAUAUUAUGGUGAACAAACAAGCUGGUCACAUGUUAAGAACAAAGUUAUCCACUGACAAUGAAGGCGGUGUGGCGACCGGUCUAGGUGCCUGUGAUAGUCCGUUUUUAAUCAACUGAUAAAAUAAAUUGUAAAAAUGAUACUAUUCAUUAUGUAUAGCUAUGACAUCAUGAUAUCAUUCCUUUUUCAAAGUGAUACUCUUUACAAGUCCAAAUGUUUAUGUUAUUAAUUCAUAGAAUUAUAUUUAUAUUAUUAUAUUAAAUGUGUUAUAUAUCUAUACACAUAUAUACAAAUAUAUGUAGGAAUAUAUUGAAAUUAAAUACAUUUAUUUACCAAUAAGAA